AUGGAGGGGGCUCUUUACCGGAAUGAAGGCGACGUGGACUUUCUCUUGGGCAGGGUCGGAAGCCAAAUCUGGAGGAUUCCCGCGCACAGAGAUGGAUCACGGUACAUCCGACAGCUGGAGGAGACCCUGCUGAAUGUCACCUUUGAGGGCUGCAACCUGACUGAGCAGUCGUCUCAGGCCAUCAUUCAGUCUCUGGCCUUCAAGCUUAACUGUGACUUUGCUGGCCUCUCGCUCAACAGUGCCACCUUCAGGCAGGCCCCUCAGGCCCGAGCCCCCCAUUCCAUGCAGUUCCCAGCUGAGCUGACCCAGAAGGCUUGCGAGGUCACCCCCAGGAAGCUGCGUCUCAUCUGCGUCUACUUCUACACUUCCUUCUUUUUCCAGGAUGUCUCCGGCUCCUCUCUGCUCAAUAACUAUGUCCUUGGUGCACGGCUGGACCACGGCCACGUGGACAACCUCAAAGAACCAAUCAACAUCAGCAUCUGGCACAACCGAAGCCUGGAAGGCUACAGACUGAUUUGUGCCUUCUGGGAGGAGGGAACCAGUGAGAAGCAGCGGGGGAGCUGGAGCCCCAGGGGCUGCCACACAGAACAGCCCUCACCUACCCAGGUGAUCUGCCAUUGUAACCACCUCAGCUACUUUGCUGUUCUCAUGCAACUCUCCCGGGACCCGAUCCCCGAAGAGCUGCUGCCCCCUCUGAGGUACAUCUCCCUCGUGGGCUGCAGCAUCUCCGUCACGGCCUCACUGUUCACCAUCCUGCUGCACUUCCGUUCCAGGAAGAAGAGUGACUCCAUAGCCCAGAUCCACGUGAACCUGCACGCCUCUGCCCUGCUCUUGAACUCCACCUUCCUGUUGAGCACCCUCCUGGCCAAACCGUCUGUGUCCGCGUCCGCGUGCACCGCACUGGCCGCCGUCCUGCAUUACGCGCUGCUGAGCUGCUUCACCUGGAUGGCCAUGGAAGGCUUCAACCUCUACCUUCUCUUCGUGCGUGUCUACAACGUCUACAUCCAUCGUUACGUGCUCAAGCUCUGUGCGGUGGGCUGGGGGGUCCCGGCUGUCCUGGUGCUGUUUAUCCUUGCUGUCCAGAGCUCAGUGUAUGGACUCCAUACGAUCCCACUCUCCAGCAGUUGGGGAAACAGCACAGCCUCCAAGAACACAUCCAUAUGCUGGGUGAAGAACCCCUCCGUGCACCACAUCCUGGUCAUGGGCUACAGUGGCCUCACGUCUCUUUUCAACCUGGUGGUGCUGGCCUGGGUGCUGCUGACCCUGCACAGGCUGCGGGCGCGGGAAGAGGUACUGAACCCCCGAGCCCGCAGCGACGUCGUCACCGUGCUGGGCCUCACCGUGCUGCUGGGCACCACCUGGGUCACCGGCUUCUUCUCCUUCAGUGUCUUCCUGGUACCUCAGCUCUUCCUCUUCACCAUCCUGAACUCCAUCUAUGGUUUCUUCCUCUUCCUGUGGUUCUGCUCCCAGAGGUACCACAGGGAGAUGCAGGUGACAACAGAGAUGGAGACUUUCAGCUCGUCCCAGAUGAUGCAGUAG